CGAAAGCUGGCCUCGGUGAUGGAUAGAUAGAGGCUACUGCGAUGGUUGGCUGUGAGGAGAACAGAAACCAGCAAAGCCCUUCACUUCAGCCUCUCGGAGUCGGCGGUGGGAACCGGACAUGGACGCCGGGCAAUUCGUCAUUCCGAUCCUCGGCAUCGUCGGCGCCGCGGCCGCAACCUUCUACGCCGUCAGCUUCAUGGAGAUCCGGGAGAAAUCACUGGAGGACCUGGACGACAAGUACUCGGAGUACGAGGAGGGCGGCGGGCGGCAGCGCCGGGCGCGGCGGAGGUCCGGCCGCCAAGCCAAGAAGCGAAAUGACUGACUGAUACACCACCAGCCUGAGAAGUAAAGAGGAUAUGCGUGGCCUCUGUGUCGAUGUUCUUCACUUCCCCUCGUUUUGUGAGCGGCUUGAUGCUGUUAAUCCAGUCUACGUUCAAUC